AUGGUACCCAAGCGCAACGUCACCAGUGUCAAGUUCGGUCUAUUCGUUAAACACUACCGUAAUCAAGUUAUUGUCAGCAGAGUAGAAAAUGUAGGAAGCACUGGUCGCUUCCGUACAACAACGCGCGUCGCAUUAGCCUCAGAUGUGAAGUCGAUUGUUCGACGCUAUGCAGAAAAGCUGAAAGACGGUUUUGGCGAAAUCAAACCGAUUAACAUUUUAACUAACCCGGAAAAAGAUGGAGAUCUGGCACAGCGUCAUCAACAGCAACAUGUGCAAAUUGAUGACAAUAAAAAGGAAGCUUUUUUAAUUGGCAUGAUCCAUGAAAGCAAAAUAGAUAAGUUAAGAAAGUACCAUCGAAAAAAAGUCGAUCGUCCACGCGAUCAUCUCGUCGAGGAAAGAAAAGUCGAAGAAAGCACCGCUGAAGCUUGUGAAUAUUGCAAGCUAAGCUAA